AUGUUGACGAAGACAGCUCUGGCGUCGGAUGUCUUGGUGCCGCACUCGGUGCUUAACGGCAUGUUUGACAAUGCUAUGUUUCCAAUGCGCACGCUCUACUGUCCGCCUGUACCGCCAUCUAUGUUGGUGGGGCGCUACAGGCCCCCGCCUCGCCCCGGCAUAAAGUACCGCAACGAUUUGUCGCUCGCAGGCCCACGGGAACAUUGGGCGCAGAGUCAAGUAUCACGCAUGUGGCGUGGUGUCAUUACUCGCCGUCGACUUCGCAAUGAACGUAACUAUUUUCAUGUACGCACUAGACGCGCCAUCAUGAUUCAGUGCUGGUGGCGACGUCUGCGCGCCAUCUGGCGACGUCGCUCCUUGCAGAGACUUCUGGACGAGUGGGUGUUGAGUCGUGCUAAGUCAAUGGUGGAGCAGCGACUUGCUGAUUACGGAGUUAUGAUGACGUGGCAACGCAAGCGUUUUGAGAAUGCGGUCACAAAAGUUCAGCGUGUAUACCGAUGGUACUGCAGUCGGCGAAAGUGUGCCUUUAUGGACCCGGAGGAGUCGCCACGUGAGCCAUUGCCUUUCCCAUUGCGGAUCCGCAAGAAGGUGUACUUUCCGUGGCGCCCCCGCGCAGAUCCGAAUAAUAUGGCGGAAUCCAAAGCAGCAGUGAAAAAUCUCGUGCCAUCCUCAUCCAAGGGCCGUUCCACAUCCAUUCAGUUCAGGAAGAAUCGAAAGGGACCUGAACCACCCACUGUGGAGGAGGCAAAGGUCAUUAACGAUGCUAUGCGAGAACGUGAGGCAAGGCAUGCAUUAAUGCUUUCUCAGCCUGAGGUUCAAGACCGCCUUCAGUGGAAACGUGAUGGUCUGCGCUUGAAUGACUUUGACCACAAUGCGGGAAUGAUUCAGCGGAUGGUAAAGUCAAAGUGGGAUGUGUGGAAAAAAACGACGCGAAAGGUGACCUCGGACUACUUCAACGAUAGGGUUCGCAUCAUUCAACGUUCCUUUCGUGUGUUCAAAACCCUCCGACAGAUGCGUGAGGCUCACAUUGCCGCUGAUAAUCGUGCGGCACGCAAGAAUAAGGCGUACGCGAAUGCCAAGUUGGCACAAAUUGAAGAAGAUAUUGUGUGGCAGUUCAAUUUAUUCAACAACGCGGCACGGACGAUACAAAUGUACUGGGCACGCUAUAAGUUCCAACGCCAGGUGCAUAACCCCUUUAUGAUGCUGGAACAGAGUGAGGCCCCCCCCUCAGGAUCACCACCACCGCCGCCGCCGUAUAAUUUAAUCUCGGAACACAUCGAACGCGAGAAUAUCUUGCGCGAUGCGGCCAAGUCAAGGAUGGAGAGGGAGAUGGAGGCAACGAAGAAAAGAAUCCGCAAAUUAUUUAAACGGUAUGUACCGCAGUCCGUUGAGAUUGUCAGCGGGGAGGGGGUGUUUCUCCCCGCCAGGAAUGGCGAGGAGGAGAGCAAAGCAGAAUAG